CAUGCUAAUGGCAGACCGCCGCCUUCUUCUGUAUUUUGGCACGUGAGCACCGUCGUUCUGUGUUUUCAUAAUAUUUUGCUAUGGGAAAAGCAAAGAAAAUCAAAGUUUCCAAAAGCGAAACGCGCAGAUCAGAUUUAGAGACUCAGCUAGAUGACGAUAAAUUUGCCAAACCUCGAGGAAGAGUGAAAACAAAGCGGCCUCGUCAAGAUGACGACGAUGAGUUCGUCGACUCCUCGUUGUCCAAAAAAAUUUUGGGACAAGCGAUGCGUCAAAAACGAGAGGAGGAAGGCGUUGAAAAAGACGAGCCACCAGGCCCUUUGGACAUAAGUUUAGGACAAUUUGAAGUAGAAGAGUACGACGAGAGUGAAGAUGAUUUGCAGGGGGACGACUUUUGUGACAAAAUUGAGGUUGACGAGGAAGAGGAGAGAGUGAUGGACAUGUUUUUGAACAAGAGUGCAGUGCCUCAGAGAACCCUGGCUGACAUAAUUAUGGCCAAGAUCAAUGAGAAGCAAACUGAAUUGAAAUCGCAGUGUUCGGACGCAGGAGCUCUUCAACUACAAGACAUAAACCCAAGAGUGAGGGAAAUGUACCAAAGCGUUGGAGAGGUCCUGUCCAAAUACAGAAGUGGAAAACUGCCAAAGGCAUUCAAAGUGAUUCCCAAUCUCAAGAACUGGGAGCAAAUUCUAUACUUGACAAAUCCAGAAAGGUGGAGCGCUUCUGCCAUGUAUCAAGCUACAAGAAUUUUUGCCUCGAAUCUAACUGAGAAAAUGACCCAGCGAUUCUACAACUUGGUUCUUCUUCCCCGUGUUCGAGACGACAUUAGCGAAUACAAACGACUCAACUUCCAUUUGUAUCAGGCCCUACGAAAGGCACUUUUCAAACCAGGCGCUUUUAUGAAGGGAAUGCUCAUUCCCAUGUGCGAGAGUGGAACAUGCACCCUCCGAGAGGCUAUUAUCGUGGGAUCAGUUUUGGCCCGGAAUUCCAUCCCUCUUCUCCAUUCGGCCGCUGCCAUGCUGAAGCUUGCAGAAAUGGAGUACACGGGAACGACGUCCGUUUUCAUAAGGAUUCUGCUCGACAAGAAAUACGCCCUGCCGUACAGAGUGAUUGAUUCCUUAGUGUUUCACUUCUUAAGGUUUUCAAGGGACCCUCGACAAUUGCCGGUUUUGUGGCACCAGUCCUUGCUCACUUUUGUUCAGCGAUACAAAGGCGACAUCAGCUCCGAGCAGAAAGAAGGACUCUUAGAACUGUUGCGGAGCCAAAACCACUCGACCAUCAGUGCCGAGGUUCGAAGAGAGCUGCAGAGCGCCAAGUGCAGAGAUUUGGAGGUAAAAGAACCAGAGCCCAUGGACAGCUCCUUGUAAGAGAUCUAAUAAAUGGAUAUUAUAU